AUGGCGGACGAGCGGCCGCGACCGUCCGUCCGCAACUACAGUCUCGACCUGACAAGGCAGCGGAAGGUGACGGAGACGGCCGUCUCGCCCUCCUCCUGCUCUGUCAAGUUCAUGCCGGAGGUGGCCGACAAUCCGACGAAUCCGUCGGCCAGGAAGCAUUCGUCUCUGUCCCAGCCGGCGCUCAGAUGCCAUUCGAAACAGCAUCACAACAUUCUGAGCCCACAUGCUCUUGCGGUGAGUUACGGUUUUUGAUUGAUUGAAGAUCCAUAGAAUGAUCAGUGACUGUCACAUCCUAAAAGCUUAAACGAAUCGUUUUGCAUAGUUUGAGCCUCUCCGUUUUGCGAACUUCUCAUUCCUUCAAGAGUACCACCCGCCCAUCAACAGAUCUUUCUGUAUCGCAACGUUUUUCAAAAGCCGUUUGUGUCGCUGAAGUGUACAUGUAUAAUGUAUAUCUGACAGCUCGGUCAGUCACGCCGUGCCCAUUGUUUUCCCGUCGCGAUUCCGAAUUCAGCGUAAAUUGUGACACGUAACCAGGGGUGAUCAAAAGAAAACGUGACGAAAAAGCGGCGCCAGGUCCGAGUCAUUCACUUGAGAAAUACUACUGUAGCUCCGGGUGAACCGGAUCAUUCGUCCAUCAAUUUGUGCGGUUACUGUAGAAUGGGAUGAAGAAGAAAGAAGAUUGUAGAAGUUUAGAUCACUGAGAAGAGAAAGAAAAGGAAACGACCAGAAGGAAGUGUCAACUUGCUAAAAUUCGUCUCUGAUUCUUUAUGAGCGUAUACAUUGAUCCACCAUCCUUUGAUUGCUGCUACAGUCACCUCUUUCUCGCUCUCCUGCAGCUGUGGUGUCGCAACAAAAGGCGGCUUAAUGGAAAAACCGGAGGGGCGGUUGAAAAUGAAAAGCAGGCGUGCGCCUAGCAACCGAACAGGAGGUGCUCCCCCCGCUGUCCUUCUGCGUCUCACAAAGCGCACAAUGAAGCCACGAAGAGUUGAUUUCGUUCUGUCUGUCUCGAGUCUCUCCGCCACUGGUGGAGCAGAAAGAGCUCCUCCCUUCUCCUUCUGACAUACAAAGGUGGUGUGAGGUGAAGAGUCUUCCAUCCAUCCUUACCACCAUGAACUCUUCCGUGCCCAUGAUCGACCUCACCUCGUCUUCCGGAGACGACGACGACCCAGAAGUGGCGAUGAUGCGAAGUUACCUGCCAGUUCCACAGAUCAGACGAUCUUCGGAUGACGUUCCCGACAGUCCACCUAUACUGUAUUCAAACGGGAACAUCUUCCGAUCGACACUUUCCAUGAAUCCACCUCCACUCGCUCCGUCGCCCUUUUCGGAGAUCACAGUCUCUUCGCAACGACCUCUCGUCGCACGUUCCAGUUCGAAUGCGAGUGAGCAUAAUUUGGCGAUGAAAGAAGCGGCGAAAAAGGCGAAACCAGUUGCAGACAUUGCCCACGUGAGUCUUUCUUUCCUUUGCUCUUUUUGCUUUUGCUGCGACUGUUGCUCAAGAAAUAUUCUAUUCACACUUGGCUAUCGAGGCGUUCGUCGUCAAAUUAUAGGGUUGUGAGGGAGCCCCCGCUCGUUUUGCUGCCGCCGUCCAUUUCAUUCGGACUGAGAAAGUCGGCCAUAAUUCACGGUGGUGGCCCUAUUCAAAUGAGAACGACAGCUGGACGGGUGGGAGCUGCUCCAUAAAAUAAAGCUGAGGUUGGAAUCACAAAGGGUCCGAGAAAAGUGCGUCGAGGACGAAAUAGAGAAGGACAAAAUAGAUACAGUAACCGGAACUGUUUUGAAGUAUCACGUCUAUAACUACUAUAAAUAUCAUAAUUUCCAAGAGUUUGUAUGGUGUCCAUACCCGAUCGGUUCCCUCAAACUCUUCACAAUUCGUAGAAUCGGCUGUGAAUGACGUUUGCCCUCAACUUCCUGAUUGCCGGCGCCAAGUCAUCUUUGAGUGUCAGCAGAUGGAUCAGAUUCCUUCGGAGCAUCACGUCAUCCGUGUGUGCGCGCUCCUUCUCCUUCUCACCAAUCCAAUUAGCUCCAGCCUGACCUCCUUCAUCAACUUUUUUGUCUCUUUUUCUCCGUCGGUGGAAUAAUUGAUGAGUCGGGUCGGUUUUUCUUUCGUCCACCACUACUUUCACUGAUUCUUCUCAGCCCGACACGAGUGUCAUUUUUAUUGCCACCCGUCCGUUCAUAAUGUUAUCCAUUCCCCUUCCACGAGCUUCUUCUCCUUCUUCUUCUUUUACUACUACUUUUCCUAAACUUGUAAGCAUCCUCUUCUUCAUCUUCUUUUCUUAUUUUUCGCCCUUCUCUUCUUUUCUUUUCGAAAUUAAUUUUGGUAUUUGUGUCUGUAAUUAGUGAAGAGAGAUAGAGAGAGAGAGAGAGAGAGAGUCAACACGGAAUGCUCGGCGAGUCCUCUCUCAUUCUACAUUUCAAUUUCAAUUCGUUUGUUUCUUUUUUCUGUUCUUUCGGAUCUCUGGAUCUACUCUACAAGACUAUUCCGUUCACAUCCCAAGAGCUAAAGCCACUAAAGCUAGAAAUGUUCAAUGACGUUGGUCGAAAUGCGCACCUCUUGAUUUUUCUCAUUUUGGUCCUUCUUCUUCUUCUUCUGCUUCUGCUUCUUUCUUGCCUUCGUCGGCUUCUUCUCCAUGUGUCCAUCCUGCCGGAGACAAUGUGCCCAACCUCUCGACACACACAUUAUCGGCACUCAUCUCGGAGCCAAUGUCAACACAUUCAAGCGUUGAUUUGGGACGACAUCUCCUCGGGCCUCCGCCCUUCGUCGCUUCGAAGAGUCAGUACAGCUCCAUUCAUCCUACGUCCCCCAAUCGGUCACCAUUCAAAACCUACCCCUCAUCCCGUCAUACCUUUCACUGCAAGAGGAGCCGUUCGGUUGCGUCGUCACCACUUCGGCCACGUCAUCUGCCAUCCAGAAGUCGUCGUCGACGGGCGCUAUGCCACGUCGUCCGCCGCUGCUCCGACUGGCUCCGGUGCCAGAGGACGAGGAGGACGACGAGGUGUUCGAGGCGGAGAAGAGCGACGACAAGCAGCGCUUUCUGCCGCCGUCGAAGAAACAGCGGAGAUUGCACGGCAGUCUCCACUCGGAAGAUGCGAAUAACAGUGACGAGGAGGACGAGAAUAAGGUAAAUAUUGGGCAGUUUCGACCCGUUUCCUUCCAGCCUUAUUAUCCGCUUCCCUUCCUUUCCUCGACAGAAGGCUCUCUGAAGUUUUGUGCUUUAUUCCUUACCACUCUUUCUCUCUCUAUCUUUCUCUCUCUCUCUCUCUCUCUCUCUCUCUCUCUCUCUCUCUCUCUCUCUCAUUCUUCCCCCGAACAUCAGUGUUCGUUCCCAUCAGCCAGAUGUGUUCGUGACGGGAAACUCUUCGUUUUUUAUUAGACCUUUCGGUCUCGCAGGAAGCGAUGGCUAAGAAGAAUAGGAAGAAGGAGGCGGAGAAGGGAAAGCCGGAGGAGAAGGAGAAGAAGAAGAAGGAGCACAUUUAA